AUGGUACGAGAUGAUUUAGCUGAGGAGAUGGAGGGCGUGGAAAUUACGACUUCAGAGCCCAAACAUCCCUUAUUCACAGAGCAAGAGCGGCGGAUAUUGGAGAUGUAUGACCGUCUUGAAGAGCUUCAGCUGGAGAUUGCUUUGCUGAAAGCACGAGGAGUAUUGUCACAAGAUGAGCCCAUGGAAGCUUCUGAAGGCGACAUCAAGAAGGCCCAGCAAGAACUCCUGAGGGCUAAAGCUGCCUAUCAAGUCCGGAAUAAUACCAUCGAGGGCGUUUUGGUUGCAAAUCCCAUCUUGAAGGCAGUUCAUGCUGGGAUUAAUGCUUCCCCUGCUGAACAAGACCUUUUGCCACUCAUUGAGCAUCGUGACAAGCUCUCUGUAGCCUUGACUGGUUUAUCAGCAAAGGUCUCGUCAACAAGGAGCGAGUUGAUGAUGGUGGAGAGUGAACAUGCUAUCAAAGCUCGGGAGAAUGCCAGAUUAUCUAGCAGGAUGCUUGCCUUGGCUGAAGAGGCGAACACCCAGAAGAAGGAAGACAUAACGGAUUCGAAGUUACGGCUCCAAUUGGAUCAGUUGGAGGGAGAUGUGAAGACAAGUCGACAAAGAUGGAGGAUUAUGAAGGGCACGGCGAGUGGUACGAUUGUUGGGAGCGGUGUUGACUGGGCUAGAGACCCGAAGUUGUUGGGGAUUGUGUUGGAUGAUGAUGGUGCUGAAGGGUAG